CAGCCGGAUCCCCGGCGCCAGGAGGAGAGAGGGGGCGCUGGCGGCGACACAAAGGGCGGAGCGGCGGGGCCGGGGCCUGGGAGGCAUGGACGCCGACUACCCUGCCUUCGAGCCCCCGCUCUGCAGCGAGCUCAAGCACCUGUGCCGGCGAUUGCAGGAGGCGUACCGCGAGCUCAAGGAGGACCUCACGCCCUUCAAGGAUGACCGCUACUACAGGCUGGCGCCCAUGCGGCUCUACACACUCUCCAAGCGCCACUUUGUCCUCGUGUUUGUCGUCUUCUUCAUCUGCUUUGGCCUGACCGUCUUCGUCGGGAUCAGAGGACCUAAAGUGAUCCAGACUUCUGCGGCAAAUUUUUCUCUAAAUAAUAGCAAAAAGCUAAAGCCAAUUCAAAUACUUUCAAAUCCACUGUCUACAUAUAAUCAGCAACUAUGGCUGACAUGUGUUGUUGAGUUGGAUCAAUCAAAAGAAACUUCCAUUAAGACAAGCUUUCCCAUGACUGUUAAAGUCGAUGGUGUAGCUCAAGAUGGAACCACGAUGUACAUUCAUAACAAAGUUCACAACCGGACAAGGACCCUCUCAUGUGCAGGGAAAUGUGCAGAAAUUAUUGUGGCUCACCUUGGCUACCUGAAUUAUACUCAGUAUACAGUGAGAGUGGGAUUUGAACACCUGAAGCUCCCCAUCAAGGGAAUGAAUUUCACAUGGAAGACUUAUGACCCUGCCUUCUCCCGUUUGGAAAUCUGGUUCCGGUUUGUCUUUGUGGUGCUCACCUUCAUCGUCACUUGCCUGUUUGCGCAUUCGCUCCGGAAAUUUUCCAUGAGAGACUGGGGCAUCGAGCAGAAGUGGAUGUCUGUCCUCUUGCCUCUGCUGCUACUUUACAAUGAUCCGUUUUUCCCCCUCUCCUUCCUGGUGAACAGCUGGCUCCCGGGGAUGCUGGAUGACCUCUUUCAGUCUAUGUUUCUGUGCGCCUUGCUGCUCUUCUGGCUUUGUGUGUACCACGGGAUUCGCGUCCAGGGAGAAAGAAAGUGUUUAACUUUCUAUUUGCCUAAAUUCUUCAUUGUCGGACUAUUGUGGUUGGCUUCUGUUACGCUAGGAAUAUGGCAAACUUACUACCUGUGGGCUCGGAUAAUACUGACCCAUAUAUAUACCUGCUUAUACCCCCCCGGUUACUACCUGUGGGCUCGGAUAUGCCGCCUUGCUUCCUUCUAGGGAAUGAAGGUCUUCUUCAUGGUGGUGGCAGCGGUGUACGUCCUGUACCUCUUGUUUUUGAUAGUGCGGGCGUGUUCUGAGCUGCAACACAUGCCUUAUGUGGAUCUCAGGUUAAAAUUUUUGACCGCAUUGACUUUUGUAGUACUUGUCAUUAGCAUUGUCAUCCUUUAUUUGCGAUUUGGAGCACAAGUACUGCAAGACAAUUUUGUAGCAGAGCUGUCCACUCACUACCAGAAUUCAGCCGAGUUCUUAUCUUUCUAUGGCUUGCUGAACUUUUAUCUCUACACCUUGGCCUUUGUGUAUUCUCCGUCGAAGAAUGCCCUCUAUGAGUCCCAGCUGAAAGACAACCCUGCCUUCUCCAUGCUCAAUGACUCCGAUGAUGAUGUGAUUUAUGGGAGUGACUAUGAAGAAAUGCCCCUGCAGAACGGCCAGGCCAUCCGGGCCAAGUACAAGGAGGAGUCAGACAGUGACUGAGCCCCUGCCAGGCCAGGGUGAGGUGACAAGGUGCCUGGAUGCUUUCCCUGGUGACCGUUUCCCGACCGUCCCAUUUGACAAGAGAUUUCCUGUUCCUUAUUUGUUUACAUAAUUUUUAAAGGAAAACCAAAACUGAAGGCAAAUUUAAAUGUUUAGCCAAUUUGUUGUCUAAUUGAUAGCUGUGAGGAGAGGUGCUGAUAAAAAGUUUGAACAGUCAAAUCCUUUUUACAAAGAUUUCAGAUGAGAGUGCAUGUUUUCAGUGAUAAGGAGGAAAUUACCCAUUUUUAGUGGAGUCAAUUAUGUACUUUUUUUUUUUUUUUUUUUUUAAUCAUUCACUGAUUCCAGGUUCAUGGGCAACCCUGUGACUAGGUCCACAGCAUGACAGCAUUACCCGAGUGCUUCCCUUCUCUGUGGUAGUUUUUUGACCCUUUCAACUCAAAGGAAGCCUUUUCUGUAGCUGCUUCAGGGCAGUCCUUCCUCGUUCAGCGGCUAGUGCCCUGGGUAACCAAGUGGCUGAAGUGAUGGGUCACUUACAUAGACUGUGUUUUGUGCAGUGUGUAAGUUACGACUCCCCAGGAAUGGAGGAUGCCUGGGUUCCAACGCUUUACAUCACCACAGGUGAAGUAACAGUGUGGAGUUCUGGGGAGGGUUUGGUAAGCUGAAUAAGGAAAGGCUAAGAUAAUUUGCAGGUUACCAACUCCCGUGGGGAAGGUCUUAUUGCCAUGGUGCUUUUCAGGGGCUUGUGUGUGCACACACAUGACUGUGAAUGAUUUCCCUGUGGCUGGUGUGGGCAGGAGAGGAACCCUUACUAUUCUAAUAAAUAGCAGUUUCUGCAGUUCUGUUGAAUAUGAAA